AUGGAAAGAGUUUUACCACCAGAUACAGCAGCGAUAACAUCUAAGGAGAGGGCGGACUUAUACAAAAUCCUCGCGCGUUAUGUGGUGAGUACCGACUGGCGUAACGCCUAUUUUCUUGCCGAACCCGGUCGCAGCCCAAUCAGGAGCGAUAUUGGUCAGUUCGCCGACGUCUAUAGUUAUCUUGCUCAAAAAUAUCCCUCCUUUAAACGGCAGUGGGGUAAGGAUUUCUAUCGGGAUCAUGUUCCAAGAGCAGCGGUAACCCCUUAUCAGCAUCGCAUUCGGGGACCUGCUCCCCCACAAGUAGCUCCAAUUAUUACCUCAAAUAAGCUACCAAUGACUACAAUCCGUCGAAGUCCUGGUCGUGGUGAUGAAUAUGAUGGUCUUGAUGAUAAUGCCUUUCGUCAACUUAUAGCGACUGAAGCCCCAAUACGACAAGUAACAUAUGAUCGUUUAACAGUCGCAUUUCACGCUUGGGAGACAGCCCUACAAAACGAUUGGACAGCUUUAUUACAGACAAAUCAAGCAACUGCUCCAUCUCUUGAUAGCGUCCGUCCUACUAUAGCUAAUAUUUUAUGGAAUGCUUAUGCUGAGGCUUAUCUUACGCUUCAUGGUGUUCGACCACCACUACUAGAAGCUCGACCACCAACUCGAGCACAACGUCGGCGUCAAGCACAACGUCGGCGUCAAGCACAACGUCGGCGUCAAGCACAACGUCGACGUGAAAGACAAGCUGCUCAUGUUCGUGGUGGCGCCCCUCCACCUAGCGAUGAUAGUAGUGGUGGUGGUGAUGAUGGCGCCCUUCUACCUAGCGAUGGUGGUGGUGGUGGUGGUGAUGCUAGUUAG